AGUUAUCGUAGCCAGAGAAGACUGGACCGAAUUUGCCCGGAAAGAGUGGCUCACCACAAGGUUGCCAACUAAUAUCAUAUUUUAGAGAUCCAUGAGUGAAAACCACUCGUUAUUAAAAGGCGCAUAGCUGCUUGAUGCAUCACCAUCAACAUGUUAGGGCAUUAUCCAAACGUGGAAAAAUCGCAGCUUGUUAACUACGUGGAGGAUUAUUUGGAAUGUGUUGAAUCGCUGCCUUUGGAUAUACAGAGGAAUGUUUCGUUGUUACGAGAGAUCGACACGAAGUAUCAAGAGGUCCUCAAGGAGGUGGAUGAGAUCUAUGAAAAGUACAAAAAGGAGACUGACAGUGGGCAGCGCAAGCGGCUGCAAAUUCAGUUGCAGCGAGCUCUCAUCAGCAGCCAGGAGCUUGGAGAUGAGAAAAUCCAUGUGGUCACACAGAUGAUGGAGGUGGUGGAGAACCGCUCACGUCAGAUUGAGGCUCACUCACCUUGCUUCUUAGAGCCAGGAGAGACAGAACGUCCUCCAGAGAAGGUGAGGCAUGAUCCUGCAAGCACCUCCGCAAAUGUUAUGCCCGAGCGCUCGUCGGCAAGGCGACCCAGACGUCAGCGCAAUAGUGAGAGCCGUGACACUUGUCACGGUGCCAACGGUGCCCUGGAGGACCUGAGCGAGGAGCCUCCGCAGCAGCCCCGUGAGAAAAAGUCCAAGUCAGCCAAGAAGAAGAAGCGCUCCAAGGCCAAGCAAGAGCGAGAAGCAUCACCAGUGGAGUUCUCUAUUGAUCCAAACGAGCCCACCUACUGCCUCUGUGAACAGGUGUCAUAUGGGGAGAUGAUUGGCUGUGACAAUGAGCAAUGUCCAAUUGAGUGGUUCCACUUUUCCUGUGUUGGACUCACCUACAAACCCAAGGGUAAAUGGUAUUGCCCCAAAUGCAGGGGCGACAGUGAAAAGACUAUGGAAAAAAGUGCAGAUAGGGCCAAGAAGGAUAGGCGGUCCAGGUAGUGCCUUACAGAAAAUGUGCUAUGGGAAUAUUGGAGAUUAAGUGAGAAUACGCCUGUAUGGGGAUUGGCAAUUUUUGUGUUAAACUUAUGUUAAAAGGUUUUCCUCGUGCACUUAGCCCGAAAGGUUUCCAAAUAGGUGCUGUUGUUGCAAAGAAUUUGGAUGGAUUGUAAAAAUGACCAACAGUUUUCAUUAGGCUAACCCUUGAAAUACAGAUGUUUAAGAUACUGCCACUCAUGAAGACAAUGAGGAGUUAUUUUCAAAAAAAAAAAAAAUUAUAAUAAUUUCUUUCUAUUAUUGUUGGUUUCAGUAUGCCUCAAGAGUUUAUAUUUUGGAGGUCACCCAGUCCAGGGUAAUAAGUGUUGUUAAAAAAAGAGGCACUUGAUGAAAAUGCACUGGGUUUGAUGAGCAUUAUGUCCACACCUUUGUUUUGCAUUUCUUGUUCUUUCAUUCCACAUUUUAAAAAAUGUAAAUUAAAACACACCUCCGAAAUGUCUUCCAGUGAGAGAAAAAAAAUAAUUUUCUUUGUUACAAUCUUGGAAUGAUGUUUUUGUUAAAAGAUUUUUUUUCUUUUUUUUUUCUUUUUUUUUUCUUCUAUUUAAAUAAAUCAGUGUUGUUAUGUCUUUAAAAACUUGUUGUGAUUAUAGAGCAGUAUCACAUGGGUCUUAUACAAUACAAACCUUUUCAGAUGUACAGUAUAUCAAAUAGGGGAGAGUGAACUGCGCCACUUUUUACUUAAGAUAUCCUCAAAAUUAGAUUAAACUAAUACACCUAAAUGUGUCAAAAUGUCUGCUAUGAACUAAAAUAAGAAUCUAUAUCAUAGGUCCAUAGAAAUGUGACUUAAAAAUUGGAGGAUGUACAUUUCAAAUAAAAAUAUGAACAUA